GCGGGCAGCAGGCGGCGAGAGCGGCUUUUGGGAACCCGAGUUUCGUACAGGCGGCGGUGGCGGCUCGUCCCUGAACUGGAAGCCGUUCCGUGUGGGUCGGAUGGCUCUCCUCCAAUGGUGACUCAGGGAUCUGGAUUGCUUCUAUCUUGCCACUCCAAGCUUUAGAGUUUUUUGCUUUCAGUCUCUCUGGUGGUGGGCAGGCAGAAGAGUCCAUACCUGUGCUUACCUGCCUUGUACUGGAAAUGACACAUUACUUCUACUCACAUUCCCUUUGGCAAGAGCUAGCCUUAUGGCUCCAACCAAACUGUAAGGCAGAAAGAGCAAUCAAUGUAGGGGAGCAGAGAGGUACUUGGACAGCAAGCUCCAGAAUUCACUAUUUCAAGAAAUUAUAUACUGAAAUAUAAUGCAGCAUAAGUCAGAGAAAGGAAGGAUCCUGACAUAUAUGGCUUGAUUGUUGGCAAUGACAUCGGUAACAGGCUGGCAUUUAGCUCGGUCCUAACAGGCUCCUCUAUAACUGUGAAUAGUAACUAUGCAUAUGUGUUGGUCAGCAAAACCAAGGAGCAAGAGCUAUGGCAGUUGAAAAAGUCUAUCCAAUUCCAGGUUAUUUUUCCUGGGUUUCAUCAUCAGGGACCUCCUCCUUUUCAUCUCAUCAACAGUGUCGUACCUUUUACCAUUUAAUAAAGAUUAAGGACAUGUUCUUUGGUCAACAACCAGAACUUAAAAAAGUCUGCUGGAAUAGGGUCAGAGACCAUUUUAAUUACAGCUGAGGAAAAUGAAAUUUCCGUUUUAUUUGGUGCCUUGUACAGGGAGCACACUAACUCUUAUGGAAACGUGCGAGUGAAAAGAGAUUGAAUUUUGUCUAAUAGACACCCAUGGUUAUGGCGAGUGACCCACCGUGAUCAGAGGGGGCCAGAGCCACAAAGGAACUCAUGACAGGAUAUACCAUGUUGCGGAAUGGGGGAGUGGGGAAUGGAGGUCAGACCUGUAUGUUACGCUGGUCCAACCGUAUCCGACUCACGUGGCUCAGUUUUACGCUCUUCAUCAUUCUGGUUUUCUUCCCCCUCAUUGCUCACUAUUAUCUCACCACCCUGGAUGAGGCCGAUGAGGCCGGCAAGCGGAUUUUUGGCCCACGGGCCGGUAAUGAGCUGUGCGAGGUAAAGCACGUGCUGGAUCUUUGCCGAAUUCGUGAGUCUGUAAGCGAAGAGCUCUUGCAGCUGGAAGCUAAGCGUCAAGAGCUGAACAGUGAAAUCGCUAAGCUGAACCUGAAGAUUGAAGCCUGUAAGAAGAGUAUUGAAAAUGCCAAGCAGGACCUGCUUCAGCUUAAGAAUGUCAUUAGCCAGACUGAGCAUUCUUACAAGGAGCUGAUGGCCCAGAAUCAGCCCAAACUUUCUCUGCCUAUCCGAUUGCUCCCAGACAAGGACGACGCUGGCCUUCCUCCCCCAAAGGCCAUACGGGGUUGCCGGCUGCACAAUUGUUUCGAUUAUUCUCGUUGCCCUCUUACCUCUGGUUUUCCAGUCUACGUUUAUGACAGUGACCAGUUUGCCUUUGGCAGCUACCUGGAUCCCUUGGUCAAGCAGGCUUUUCAGGCCACAGCACGAGCCAACGUUUAUGUUACGGAAAAUGCGGACAUUGCCUGCCUCUACGUGAUGUUAGUGGGAGAAAUGCAGGAGCCAGUAGUGCUGCGGCCUGCUGAACUCGAGAAGCAGUUGUAUUCUCUACCGUACUGGCGGACAGAUGGACACAACCACGUUAUCAUCAACCUGUCGCGGAAGUCAGAUACGCAGAACUUGCUCUAUAAUGUCAGCACAGGCCGUGCCAUGGUGGCCCAGUCAACUUUCUACGCUGCCCAGUACAGACCUGGCUUUGACUUGGUGGUAUCGCCGCUAGUCCACGCCAUGUCGGAGCCCAACUUCAUGGAAAUCCCCCCGCAGGUGCCAGUCAAGCGGAAGUAUCUCUUCACCUUCCAGGGUGAGAAGAUUGAAUCACUGCGAUCCAGCCUUCAGGAGGCCCGCUCCUUUGAAGAAGAAAUGGAGGGUGACCCUCCAGCUGACUAUGAUGAUCGUAUCAUUGCCACCCUAAAGGCUGUACAGGACAGCAAGCUAGAUCAGGUCCUGGUAGAAUUUACCUGCAAAAACCCGCCGAAAGCCAGCCUGCCUACUGAGUGGGCCCUGUGUGGGGAGCGGGAGGACCGCUUAGAGUUACUGAAGCUCUCCACCUUUGCCCUCAUUAUCACUCCUGGGGACCCGCGCUUGCUUAUUUCCUCUGGGUGUGCAACCCGGCUCUUCGAGGCCCUGGAAGUCGGUGCUGUCCCAGUUGUGCUGGGUGAGCAAGUACAGCUUCCCUACCAGGACAUGCUGCAGUGGAACGAGGCAGCCCUGGUGGUGCCCAAGCCGCGGGUCACCGAGGUCCACUUCCUGUUACGCAGCCUCUCGGACAGUGACCUGCUAGCUAUGAGGCGGCAAGGCCGCUUUCUCUGGGAGACUUAUUUCUCGACCGCCGACAGUAUUUUCAAUACCGUGCUGGCUAUGAUUAGGACUCGCAUACAGAUCCCAGCGGCUCCCAUCCAGGAGGAGGCGGCAGCUGAGAUCCCCCACCGUUCAGGCAAGGCGGCGGGGACCGACCCCAACAUGGCCGACAAUGGGGACCUGGACCUGGGGCCAGUGGAAACUGAGCCGCCUUAUGCCUCACCCAGAUACCUCCGCAACUUCACUUUGACUGUCACUGACUUUUACCGCAGCUGGAAUUCUGCUCCGGGGCCUUUCCAUCUUUUCCCCCACACACCCUUUGACCCUGUGUUGCCCUCAGAGGCCAAAUUCUUGGGCUCAGGGACUGGAUUUCGGCCGAUUGGUGGUGGCGCCGGGGGUUCUGGCAAGGAGUUUCAGGCAGCACUUGGAGGCAAUGUUCCACGAGAGCAGUUCACGGUAGUGAUGUUGACUUAUGAGCGGGAGGAAGUGCUUAUGAACUCUUUAGAGAGAUUGAAUGGCCUCCCGUACCUGAACAAGGUGGUGGUGGUGUGGAAUUCUCCCAAGCUACCAUCGGAGGACCUUCUGUGGCCUGACAUUGGCGUCCCCAUCAUGGUGGUCCGUACUGAGAAGAACAGUUUGAAUAAUCGAUUCUUGCCCUGGAAUGAAAUUGAGACCGAGGCCAUCCUGUCUAUUGAUGACGACGCUCACCUCCGUCACGAUGAAAUCAUGUUUGGGUUUCGGGUGUGGAGAGAAGCACGGGACCGCAUUGUGGGUUUCCCUGGCCGGUACCAUGCGUGGGACAUCCCUCAUCAGUCCUGGCUGUACAACUCCAACUACUCCUGUGAGCUGUCCAUGGUGCUGACAGGUGCUGCCUUCUUUCACAAGUAUUAUGCCUACCUGUAUUCUUACGUGAUGCCCCAGGCCAUCCGAGAUAUGGUGGAUGAAUACAUCAACUGUGAGGACAUUGCCAUGAACUUCCUUGUCUCCCACAUCACUCGGAAACCCCCCAUCAAGGUGACCUCACGGUGGACUUUCCGAUGCCCGGGAUGCCCUCAGGCCCUGUCACACGAUGAUUCCCACUUUCACGAGCGGCACAAAUGUAUCAACUUUUUUGUCAAGGUGUAUGGCUACAUGCCCCUACUGUACACUCAGUUCAGGGUGGACUCUGUGCUCUUCAAGACCCGCCUGCCCCACGACAAGACCAAGUGCUUCAAGUUCAUCUAGGGCCACUGCAGGUUUGGGGGCGAGGAUAAGCAGAGUGAGGGAGAUGGCUCCUAAGGUGCCCAGACAGUGAAGGACCUCAGGGACAUCCACUGGGUGGGUGGCCCCGACCCUCUGCUGGGAGAGGUGGCAGCAAGAGUAGGACUUGCUGCCUUUCUCUGGAAGUUGGCCACACUGGGCCUGGAGCCCUGGUCAGAGGACACGGGGGCUCCCCACACAGGGCACUGACUGAUAGCUUACACUGAGGACAUGGGGACUCUGGGGAGUCUCUCAUGCAGUUCAUAAGCCCAGGACAGUUGGUUUGUGGUUUUUAAAUUCAGUAACAACUAUUAUUAUUUAAAAAGUUUCAGAUUUGCCAUUCAAGGCUUAUUUAUAUAUACGUGUGUAUAUAUACAUAUAUGUGUGUACACACACACACACACACACACACACACACACACACACACGGGGCGGGGAGGGGGGUUGUUUGAAAUUCCUGCCCGUCUCACAAAGUGAGGGACCCACUGAAACUCCUGCCGUUCUCUGUUUUGGUGGCGAUGGAUCCUGCCUUGUGGCAUCUGUCUGGCUCAUCCUUAAAGGGCAGCUCCGUCCUUCCCAGGGGCAUCUGUGUGCAGAAACGAAGGGCUGGGCUGGCCCUCCUGAGGGGCCCCGGACGAGCUAGGACCUGUCCGUUCGUUCCUUCCCCCUUUCUGUUGCCAACCAGCAAUCUGUAACAUGCGUGUCCUGUCACCUGAGUCCCUGGGGAGGACCUUUGGGACCAGCUGAGCUUCCCUGUGCUGGAUUCAGUGGGUUUCGAGGAUUCAUUGUUACAUCACAUCGCAGGACUGGUCCUUGCUCUCCCAUUCUCUUCCCUGAUUGAAAGAAGAAUGAGGAAGGGAGGAGACCUGAAGACAGCUCUCCCAAAUCGCUUUCUUCCUGGCCCUCCUUUAAAAAACGUGCGCAUUGGCUUCAGGCUUUCCUGAAGGUUGUCUCUGUGUAAGAGAACGGAAGGCUGUCAGGCCUCCCUCGCGGGCGUGAUCUGCAGGCUGGCCUAGCUCUGCGGCAUAGAACUCGCGAACUUUCUUCGCGCUCCCACCCGGCUGGCCGGGAAGUCUUACAGCAAGGCACCUGCCUUGGGAUAAAUACCUUGGUGAAAUUCACCUUCCCCCCACCUUUGUCUGAACCCACAUCCUAUGUUACCUGUAGCUUUUGGAUCCCUAAUGCCUGGUUGGUCCCAGGACCCCCUGAAGUUUGGCAUGUGCCAGAACAGUGGGAGGGUAUUUGUUAUGUUCAGCUCAAAUGUAGCCUGAAAUUGAACAGACGUUUUCACCCCACAUCACAACUUUCCACUCCAGGUUUCCCUGGGCUGAAAUGGAAAUAAGCUAAUUAUUUUUAGGUGGUGGUGGCAGUAGGGGACCCGAAGAAGGUGUUAGAGGCGUUGGGCAGGGAUUUAGCCCAUGACUUCUCCCAUUUUUCUGGACCCCACUUUCUUCCAGUGAAGCUGAGUGUAGGUGUUUCCCACCACUGAACUGAAGCUCAGGUCUGACCUGGCCAUGCACAUGCCUUAAGCCAGCUGUCUUCCCCAGACUUUGACAUCCUGUGCUUCUGUUUCUUGGGGGCAUGUUGUCCUGUGACCUGCCUGUACCAGAUGGGUUCUCUUCAAGUAUCACUUUGAAGCCAGGCUCUGUCCUGUAGACACCACCCAACUGUAGGGCUUGUUUGACUUACGGGAACUGUUCAUCGGCAGACAGGACCAGGGCUGCUCCGAGGACGUGUCCUCCAGAUGCUCCCACUGGCGUCUUCUUGUAGCUCCCUGCUGAGGCAACUACCUAGGAAACCGAGUUAAGCUCCUCAGCGACCCACAAAGGGUGCACACUCUCUGCACCCUAACUUUCUAACGCCCUUUCCUUCUGAUUUUAUUCUUUUUAGCAGUAGCCUUCUUCCCUUUGGGAAGCCAAAGAGUGUGGUGUUUUGAGCUAUGUAUGUGGCUGCUAUUUUUAUCUUGUUUAUUCUAAUGUGAGGAACUCAUACAUGGACCUUCAGUGGGACCUGGUGAGAAAGGAGCAGCCUGUGUUGGGACCCCCUUUAGUGGAGCCAGAUUGUUGGGUUCCUGAAUGCUGCCAGGAGAUCCAGGAGUAUCUAAACGGUCUGAGAUUAUGGAGAACAUCCAAGCGUGCUGCAGGGAGGGUUAUGAUGUCAGAGCUGCUGACAAGGAGAGUGCUGUUUGGACUUGAUCAGACUGAUGUGAAGGACCCCACCCGGCAGGCUCUGGCUGUGUUCUUAAAGGACCCUCCUCAGCAGCAAGAAGCAGGCAUCGGCUCUUUUGGAUUGCUCGGUUAGGUGCUCCUGGAGAAUGGCUGCUGCCUUUUGCAAGGCAGACUAGGGAGAGGCCCAGCUCUGUGCUUAGAAUGCCUUCAAUGCUGAUCUGUCACCUCGGAAGAUCCAGACAUUGCCCACACCCCCCGGGACACGCCUGGGAUGUGAGAACAGCUCUGCAGAUCUCCAGGGGUCUCAUCAGCACCUGCAGGUAACACCUGUCUGGUCUUUGCGCCCAAGGCCCAGGACAUCCCUGCCCCCCAGCUAGCUGGUUUGCUCUUCACCGUGAGGGCAUCCCCCGAAGUGAGAGCCCCCCCACGGCGCUCACCAGGCGGUCUGAGCGUGUGCAGCUCUGGCAGCGGUGCCCUGCUGUGGCCUGCCCCCGAGCUGGUGGGGUGCUGUCUGGGCGGGUGCGGGGAGCCUCUUCAGUAGCCGCCAGCCUUGUGCUGCUCAGGGAGCUCCUGGUGUGUGGGUAUGUUGAAGGGGGAAGCUCUUUGAUAUCCAUGCCAUGUCCACCCACCCCACCCCUUUUCCAGUCAUGAGCACAACAGUCUUUCAUUGGAUUUUUGUAAAAAAAAAUAAAAUAAAUGGAGACUAACUGAA